CGACAGACAAGAAAGCUAUGAAAGUAUUUUUCUGCCCAUCAUUUCGAAGUCUCAUUCGAUUUAUUCGUUUCGACAGACACUUCAAAAGUAGAAAACACAUUUCCAAAAGUGCAAAAACCAAACACAUUCUUCAAUAAUGCCACCAUUUUGCUGUGGCGGAAGACGUUGUGCCGCCGAUAUACGCCGUAGACAGGAGGUCGAUGGUGGAUUGGAAGAUGAGCAAACGGGAACAACUGCAUCCUCACCAAUAACAGUGUCGAGUGCCGAGUAUCCGCUGACACUCAAGUUCUAUGCCCGACACGAUUGGCCGUAUUUUAAUUGCACGGAUGAGGAUGUACGUCGUAUGCGUGAAGUGCUCGAUAAGAAGGGAGCAGCUGAGGAUGCCACCACAGAAGGGGAUGCGCCCAAGAGAUAUGUGCCCAAGCAUGCCACAGCGCAGCCAAUGACUGAGAAUCAAAUCUAUGGCUGGUAUCAGCAUCGGGCCUAUCGCUAUUUGAAAAAGGAUCGCGGCAUCUUCGUCUUUCCACGUGAAGGUGAUCCACUGAUUAAAGUAAUUCAAGCCUCCAAGUGGAUAGGUCGUUAAAUGACUAGGAGCAGUUUGUGGCAAGUUAUCUGAAUCACCGGAGGAAACCUGCUCAAAAUAAUAGUCAUGCAACAAUUGCUCUGAAUUAAAUUACUAGAUUUUUCAACUUAACUCAAAUUCCUAGAAAUACUAACAACAAUUUUCUGAGUUCGUUUCAAAAAAUUUAAUCGAAAUCAUUGUCUAGAAAAUAUUACACAAUAAAAGAAGCAAUUUAACAAUAAAG